AUGACUGCCCCAUCAGUACAAAAGAAAUGGGUCAUCCACGGCACUAAAAGAGGGCUUGAUGAGUACAAGCUUGAACAAGGCCCUGUGGCAAAGCCAGAUGGGCAUCAGGUUCUGGUCAAGCUGCACGCCGCGGCCAUCAACUUUCGCGACAUCAUGAUUCCAAGAGGCGAAUUCCCAUACUCCCUCAACUUACCGGUCGUGGGCGGCUCAGACGGAGCCGGCGAGAUCGUGCAGGUUGGCGACAAGGUGACCAAGUUCAAGGUCGGAGAUCGCGUGGCGGCGUUGUUCAACCCAGGGCAUCAGUUCGGGUCACUCGAUGCUGUGGCCAUGCUGAGAGGUGGAGUUGGCGGGACUGAGGACGGGACGUUUCAGGAAUAUGGUGUCUAUGACGAGACAGGCGUGGUACGGCUUGCCAGCAACCUAUCGUAUAUCGAAGGCGCAACUCUCUCAGACGCGGCUGUCACGGCGUGGAAUGCGCUUUACGGUGGCAAACCGCUCAAGCCUGGCGACUGGGUGUUGGUGCAGGGGACGAGCGGCGUGAGCCUCUUUGCAGUGCAGUUUGCCAAAGCCGGUGGUGCCCGCGUUGUCGCCACGACCUCGUCCCCCGCGAAAUUCGACGUCCUGAAACGCCUCGGCGCUGAUCAUGUCAUCAACUACAACGAUGACCAGAGCUGGGGAUUGACGGCGCGGAGCCUGACCCCUGGUCAGGCCGGCUUUGACAACAUCAUCGAAGUCGGCGGAACAGACACCAUGGGCCAUAGUAUUCAGGCGAUCAAGAUCGAAGGAACCAUCACCGUCAUCGGGCUGGUCACGGGCUUUGACCCUCCAGAAAGCAUCAUGGAGACUCUCAAGAGGGUAUUCACCCUGCGUGGCAUCCACGUCGGAUCAAAGGUGCAGAUGGAGGAAAUGAUGGCGUGCAUGGAAGCGAACAAGAUCCAGCCCGUUGUUGAUAAGAAGAUUUUUGCCCUCGAAGAGCUGCGCGAGAGUUUGGAAUAUCUGGUGAGUAUCUUUCACCGUAACUUGCUGCAUUGUCGUUCUUCAAAUGUCGCUUCUUGCAUGCUGAUGGCAGACGUGUGCAGACUACUCAGAAACAUGUGGGCAAGGUCGCGAUCAAGAUCGCCUAGGGGACUCGCAACGCCGCAACUCAUCAUAUCUCAAGGGACUCCGGGGUGA